AUGCAACUGCUUCUGAUGACCAAGGGGCUGCGGAACCCUCUCGAUGAGGCGCAAGUUCGUCGUGCUGUGCUUGCGCUUCAGGCGUUUGUAGCCAAGCGAACGCAAGAGCAAACCAAGGCGCCGCUGGUGGACGACGUGGACUACGUCUCGUGCAUUUUAACACGCAAAUUAGUCCCUGCCAAGACCUCGCUCAAGCCCAUUCCCAUCACGCUGUCGCACGCGCUGUACGACGAGGGAGCGGAGAUUUGUCUCAUUGUCAAGGACAGUGACAAGAAGCGCAUUAAAGAAGCGCUGGCUGGUGAUCCGGUUACGGGUGUGACCAAAGUCUUGACUGUGAAGAAACUGCGCAAGAACUUUUCCCGGUUCGAAGACAAGCGAGCGCUGGCUGAUGCUUAUGACAUGUUCUUGGCGGAUGACCGGGUGCUGCCGUACCUCAAGAGUGCACUGGGCACGAAGUUUUUCGUGAAGAAGAAAGCGCCAGUGGCCGUGCGCGUAUCUCGCAAGAACGUCUCGACUAGUGUCCGACUUGCCUCGCGUCGGACGGCGUUGCAUGUCAGUGCUGGCGUGUGCAACAAUGUGAAAGUCGCGCGGCUGGACAUGACGCCCGAGCAGAUGGUGGAGAACAUUAUGGUAGCCAUGAACCACUGCGCUAAUCUCGUGCCCAAGGGCUGGAACGGCGUGCAGUCGAUCAGCAUCAAGACAAAUGAUUCCGUCGCUCUGCCCGUGUACAAUGCACUUGCGUCUUUGGCGAAGCUACCGCCUGUUGGCAAGACUGCGAAUCUGAAGAAGCGAAAGCUCGAGGAGUUUCUUGCCGAGGCGAAAGAUGUUAAGGAGUCUAUGAAGUCUGUACAACAAGUCAAGGAGGUAGCUGAUGUAAAGAAAGCUACAUCAAAGACGGAUCAAGUAAAGAAAGAAGGAGGAGUCGUUGUGAAGAAGCACGUAACGCCAAAGUCGAAGAAGACUACGAAGGCUGUAAAAGCGAAAGAAGCAGAGAAGGAGACGCACAAGAAGGAGAGCUCGAAUGAUAAGGUGGAGGAUAAAUCUGCAGAGACAACGACGCCGCCGGUAAAGAAGAAGGCUCGAGGCAAGAAGAAGGUGUCGAAGAAGUAA